AUUACAUCACCUGUACAAAAAAUCUACAAAAAGACCAGCUGAAAGCAAUUAUCUCUAAACAUUGAAUCAUUUUCAUUCACCUAAUUUUCUUCUUAGUUUGUUCUAUCUCUACUCGUCGCUAAGCAAAAUCCAGUUUGAGUGUUCAUUGCAAGGAAAAGCUAGAAAAAUGAGUAAAGGAGGGAAAUCUGAUCAAGAAGAAGGUGAAGAAAACAUGGCUGCUUGGCUUUUAGGUCUCAACACCCUCAAAAUUCAACCAUUCAAGCUCCCUCCUCUUGGACCCCAUGAUGUGAGAGUUGGGAUGAAAGCUGUUGGUAUCUGUGGAAGUGAUGUUCAUUUUUCAAAGGCAUUGAGGCUUGCGGAUUAUGUGGUGAAAGAACCAAUGGUGAUAGGGCAUGAGUGUGCUGGGAUCAUAGAGGAAACUGGAAGUGAAGUGAAGGAUUUAGUGCCUGGUGACCGAGUGGCAUUGGAACCAGGGAUUUCUUUCUGGCGAUGUGAUCUUUGUAAGGAAGGUCGAUACAAUUUAUGCCCUGAUAUGAAGUUUUUUGGCCUUCCACCAUUUCAUGGUUCUCUUGCUCGUCAGAUAGUGCAUCCUGCAUAUCUGUGUUUCAAACUGCCAGACAAUGUGAGCUUGGAAGCAGGGGCUUUGUGUGAGCCCUUAAGUGUAGCGGUUCAUGCUUGUCGCCGAGGUAAUAUCAGUCCCGAGACCAACGUGUUGGUCAUGGGAGCAGGACCUAUAGGUCUCGUUACACUACUAGCAGCUCGUGCUUUUGGAGCACCAAGAAUCGUCAACGUAGACGUGGACGGCAAUCGACUAUCAGUCGCUAAAGAACUAGGUGCUGAUGGAGUUGUUAAAGUCUCAACUAAUAUGCAGGACAUACCCAAAGAAGUUGAAACAAUAUGUUAUGUGAUGGGAGCAAAAGUGGAUGUAAGCUUUGACUGUGCAGGCCUUAGCAAAACCAUGUCGACUGCACUGAGUGUAACUCGAGCUGGUGGCAAGGUUUGCCUUGUGGGAUUAGGCCAUAACGAGAUGACUGUCCCACUCACACCUGCUGCCGCUAGGGAAGUUGAUGUUAUUGGGGUAUUUCGGUAUAAGAACACCUGGCCUUUAUGCAUUGAGCUUCUAAGAAGUGGUAAGAUCGAUGUGAAGCCAUUGAUAACCCACAGGUUUGGGUUUUCUCAGAAAGAGAUUGAAGAAGCUUUUGAAACCAGUGCUGGUGGUGGCAAUGCCAUUAAGGUCAUGUUCAAUCUGUGAUAUUCAACAAGAUUAAAGAUGCUAAUAAAACAGUGGCAUGUAUAACCUCUGGCAGUAUAUGUAAUAAAUUUGAUGUUUCAGUACCCUAAGAUGAGCUUGUUGCUAUUUGAAUUCAGUGCAAAUUAUUAGACCAGAUUAUGUCAAUGGUGUCAAUUAUCAAUCCUCUUUGUAAACCAGCAAACUCAUUGAUGUAACAUAAUAAAUAAUAUGGUCCAAAUAGAAAAUGUAAACAUAAUUUGUUUAA